AUGCCGGAGACCAGCCAGGACGCCCCUAGCAGCCAGGCGCAGCCGCCGGCAGUGCCUUCGGCCGCGCCGCCCAAGGAAUCGCCUUUCUCCAUCAAGAACUUGCUCAAUGGGGACCACCCCAAGGCGCCUUCCAAGCAGACGCGGGCGCUGUUCUCUCCGGCCGCCAAGGGGGCUCUGGAGGGGGCCGGCUUCGCCCUCUCGCAGAUGGGGGACCUCACCUUCCCACGCUUCGAGAUCCCGGCUCAGAGGUUUGCCCUGCCUGCCCACUACCUGGAGCGGUCCCCUGCCUGGUGGUAUCCGUACAGCUUGACUUCCGCGGGAGGGCACCUGCCUAGGCCGGAAGCGUCGGUGGAGAAAUGCCUCCUCCGAGAUUCGUCGCCGGCCUCGGGAGGCACAGACAGGGAUUCCCCGGAGGAGGAGCCCUUGCUGAAGGCCGAGAAGACGCUGGGCUCCAAGAGCCCCGACGAGAUCAUCCUGGAGGAGAGCGACUCGGAGGAGGCCAAGAAGGAGGAGAGCGGCGCCGAGGACUGGCCCAAGCGCGAGCCGGAGACGACGGGCAGCCCGGAGAAGAAGCCGCCCUGCCGCAAGAAGAAGACGCGCACCGUCUUCUCGCGCAGCCAGGUCUUCCAGCUGGAGUCCACCUUCGACCUGAAGCGCUACCUGAGCAGCUCCGAGCGGGCCGGCUUGGCCGCUUCGCUCCACCUGACCGAGACGCAGGUCAAGAUCUGGUUCCAGAACCGGCGCAACAAGUGGAAGCGGCAGUUGGCGGCCGAGCUGGAGGCGGCCAACCUGAGCCACGCCGCCGCUCAGCGCAUCGUCCGGGUGCCCAUCCUCUACCACGAGAGCGCCGGGGCCGACGGGUCCGGGGGCCCGGCCGGGGCCUCGGGGGCUGCGGGGGCGGCCAGCGCGCCGGUCAGCCAGCCCCUGCUCACCUUUCCCCACCCGGUCUACUACUCGCACCCUGUGGUCACCUCGGUGCCGCUUCUGCGGCCCGUCUGA